CAAAUAUGCAAAGUAUCAUUUCUAGGUGAUGAGUAUACAAAUACAAAAAUAAAAUUCUGCCAUUAAAUUCUACUGGGGGUGAGAGAGACAGCGUGGACAGAUAAGUAAAUAUAAAGUAUAUACCAAGUAAAUACAAAGCAGUUUGAGGGAGAAGGGUACUAAAAAACUAAGCUUAAGUCUGGGUUCAAUAUUGGGUAGCUGACUUAAGAAGGCCGUUUUCUCUUUUUGAUGUGUUUGCUCUGGGAAAGUCUCCAAAUAAGCUUAGAUAUUGCUUGGGUCUAAAUGAUGGGUAACAAAGGUUCCCCGCUCCAAUAUAAGCGCUCAAGGUAACAAACACUUUUCAGGUAGAGGAUAGCCUUUCAUUUCAGCCCGUAUAAAUCGCAGAAAGUACAAGGGAUUCACAAAAGCCCAUAAGCUGAUAUAAAAAAAAUAAUAAGAUACUCCUAGUAGCCCAUAAACUUCUGGGCAAUAUGCUGAUAUUCUAGUGAAUCAUUAGUUCUCCUACAAGGUCUUCCACAGUCCUCUGAAAGAUUUAUGGUUGUCUUAUUGUGGAUUAGAAUUUUCCUUAUAAGGCAAAUGCCCUUUAGUGCUGUGAAACAAGUAAUGCCCUUCCUAUUAGAUAUAUGUUGUCCAAAUAACUCACUGUCCUAUUAGGGGGAGUGAGAGGGUGAGGAGGAGCAAGGCCUCAAUCUCUUGUAGCCCAUGUCCUCUCUUCUGCCCUGUGUUACGUGACUUUAACUCUUAACUGUACCUUCAGCUUUAGGGACUAUAUGGGAAAUCCUCUUCUUUUUCCAAGAAUCCAGAUGCCUUAGGACAAUCUGAAGAUGCCCUCUGGGUCCUUUGCUUUGUAGUCAGCAUAUCCCUGGUGAUUCUGGUACCCUCAACUGCCUCAUUGAGGGUCCCCUCCCCCUGACAAGUCAUCCAUUGUCCUCUAAGCAUCCUGCCUGCAUCAUGGAAGCCCCCGAUGCUGCUGUGGCAUCUCUGAUUGACUUUGACAGCGAGCCCUCCACGCUGGUUGCCUCUGAGUCACCCCCUUCAAAACCCCGCGAUGGAAGCGGCUCCCUUGGUGACGGGGCAUCAGAGAGUGACACCACAGAGUCGGCGGAUAGCGAGAAUGAUAUGGCGGAGUCCCCAACUCACCCGACCUGGGACCAUUAUCACCGCUCUUCAUCCAAUGAGUCCUUCUCUUCCAACCAGAGUACAGAGUCAGCCAAGGAUGAGGAGGCUGUGGGGCUCCGGGAAUUUAUGCGGAACUAUGUUGAAAAGAUCUUCUCUGGAGGAGAAGACUUGGAUCAAGAAGAGAAAGCCAAAUUUGGAGAAUUCUGCAGCAGUGAAAAUGGGAAAGGUCGAGAGUGGUUUGCCCGCUACGUGAGUGCCCAGCGCUGCAAUUCUAAGUGUGUCUCAGAACCGACUUUCUACCGUCUGGUGCAGUCCUUCGCGGUGGUGCUGUUUGAGUGUCACCAGAUGGAUGAUUUUGGACCAGCGAAGAAUCUCAUGACCAUGUGUUUCACAUACUACCACAUUGGAAAACCUCACAUGCUACCCCUGGAGUCCAAGGAGAAACCUGCAGGCAGCAUUGACUCCUACCUGAAGUCCGCUAAUAGCUGGCUGGCGGAAAAGAAGGACAUCGCAGAGCGUCUGCUGAAGAACACGUCCGCAAAAACGGAAAACGUGAAAGGCUUCUUUGGAGGCUUGGAAACCAAGCUGAAGGGACCACUGACCAAGAAAAAUGAGGAAGAUGAAGAUAAACCGAAGGAAAAGCAGCAGAAGACUGUGACGAUGUACAGCCCAGAUGAAGAGAAGAAAGGGGAGAAGAUCUAUCUGUACACUCACCUGAAGCAGCAGCCUAUCUGGCACACCCUGAGAUUCUGGAAUGCAGCUUUUUUUGAUGCUGUCCACUGUGAGAGAAGGAAGAGAUCACCUACUACCAGAGGGAAUGCUGGAGAGGAAGAGGAAAAGAGGGAGAAGUGGUGCCACAUGACUCAGGAGGAGCGUGAUGACAGCCUCCGAUUCAACGAGAACAUCACCUUCGGGCAGCUUGGCACAUUUACUCACAACAUGUUGGCUUUUGGGCUGAACAAGAAGCUGUGCAAUGACUUUCUGAAGAAGCAGGCAGUGAUUGGCAAUCUGGAUGAAGAGCAGUACAAGCUACUGAGUGACCACAUUGAGCAAAUGGCUUUUGAGUAGCUGUGACGAGGGUGGAAUCUGCAGCAUCCCCCGAGGGAGGAGGACGGGUGGAAGUUUCCUCCCCAGAACAUCCAGAAACAACAACCAGCUCCCAGCACCAUUGCGAUUAACCUGCAUGACUGUCCGCCAUCCUUAGAACCCUGAUAUGUCAGUAGACCUAGGAGUGAAGAAAAACUCCUGUCCUUUCCCCUUGCCUCGUCCUCCCUUGGGUGUGUUCCAUAGCCAUGCACCAGAGACACUCCUCAGUUUCUAUGGCGAAAGCAGAAUUGAUGAGCUAUCCGUACAGACCCGAACAUCCCCCUGUAAGAGGUAAAGACAAAAGAAGAUGAAAGGAGGACUGUUUGCACAGGCAGUCCUGAAGGCCUCUUGCUAGUUGUUGGCUAUGAGACUUUGGGAAGGGUCAUCGGACCAGUACAGCUGAAUGCUGGGAACUGGGGGGCGGGGGAGUGGGUUUGGCAGGAAUGUAAUGCAUGCAUGACCAUGUAGCCAUAGGACUGUAGAAUGUUGUAGAAAGGGCCUUCCAACGUAGAUUAGUAGAACUGGAAGGGCCCUUUGAGAUCAUCUAACCCAAUCCCACAUUUUUCAGAUAAGGAAACUUGUCCCAGAGAAAGGAAGCGACUUGUUAUAUGAGAAGUUAAUGCAGGCCUAGGAAUCUGAGGAGUUAAGUCCUGGUCUCUUGAUCUGUUAGUUAUACCUCAGUGUCUCUUUCUGUACAGAUAAAUCUAUAGUCUAUAGGUUUGGGGUAUUGCAGCUCUGAUUCCCACUAACAUGAAAGAUAAGUCAGGGUUGGAGACCUGGCACCCUUUUCCUCAGGGCCAGAGAUGUUGGUUCUUUCAUGACCAGAUAGAUGACAUCCUAUUCCAUGUUCCUCCUCUUUGCUUGUUCCCUCUUCUUCCCUUUGAUAAGGAUGGGGAGGUCAUAAGAAGAAAGGACAAUCUUCUAUUUUGCUGAAACAAGGGCAGAAAAUUUUCCUUCCUGAUUACAUUAAGAAAUUGGACCUGGGGCUAGCAUUAGAAGAGAAUUACAGUUAGAUGUGUGAAUGAGGCAGUGCUCUGGAGAUGCAGCAGGAUUUGUGCGGACUUAUUUGAGAUGAAUCCUAUCAACAUAGAUGGGUCUGUGCCAGACUGCCUUGGAAGCUCUCAGGGUCAGCUGCUCCCUUUUCUUUUGUACAUGACAUAUUGAGGGCAGCUUGUGGCUGCCUGCUUCGAAGGAGAUGCAAAAGAGGAGGUCUGGUCUUCUGUUAUCUGGAGCCUGCUGCCCUUCCUGAAACCAAACAUCGAUGCAAUUUUCCUUUUUGGGCACAACCACCUUUCCCCACUCCCCCUCAAAAAAAUAUAUAAUAUCAUAUAUUGAUAUAUAACACAAACUGUUCAGUAUUAAAUUGAUCUCAGCGUGAGAUGGUUAAGGGACAAGCAGCUUAUGGUGGAGCUUGGGGAAGGAGACCCCCUAAGAGGACCCUGUGGAGCAAAGCUUUGUAUCUGAGCCAGUGUGUAUAUGGAAUAGAUUCAUAAGUUGUGACCCUGAUUGCUGUGGUUUUUUUUAAUGUUUUCUUACAGUAUUCCAGUUAUUACUUACAAAAUUCAGCCUAUGGGGAAAGUCAAGAGCUGAUUUUAUAAGUAAGUGCUCUCAUUGGCACAUAAAUGAAGCCAGAACUAAGUGUGUUUACCCAUAUCACAGAGCCUCAGGCUCACCAGAGCUAGGAGAGGAGAGGAAGAGAGUAUUAAUGGGGAUCUCUGCUUUCCUGGCAGCUCAUCUGUCCUGCUUAUCACCUCAAGCAGCUUGAGUCUUAUCAUUUCCUUCAAUUCUCUGCAAAUGCCAGCUAGUCCCAUAUUUAUUCCUUGGAACCUAUGGCUUCCGGCUUCCAGCUUCUCAUUGGUUUCCACCAGAAACACCAGAUCAGACUAAGGUGCACAAUGUAUUAUUAUUUUUAAAGUCAUUUAGCUGGUCAUAUCUAAGGUGUAAGUUCCCCCAAAACCUAUUCUGUGUUUCCUAGUAUAAAUAUUUCUAGUCAGAACCAACUUUUGUCUUUUCGUGGUUACAGAGCUAGUUAUCCUCAAUCAUCCUGUCUCCUUCCCUUCAGAGAGGGUUCUUUGUAGAAAUUAAGAAAAAAUAAUUUUGUCUGGGCUCUUUUCUCCUUUCUCCUCCUUUUCCAGCUUACCCUCCCUGACCUAUUAUCACUUCCUUUUGCAACUUCCAGUGAUAUACACCCCCUUCCCCCAGCCACUUCAACCCCUAGUUACCUGCCUGUGAAUGCAGUGGAUAAAUGACUGAUUGACACUUUUCAGCUCAUAUUAUCUAAAAAUGAUCAUCAUCCUUGGCCUGGUGAGCCCAAAACAAAUAGCACAGAGUGAAUGAGCAAUAAAUAGGAUGUAUCUCUUGGACAUUGGGUGACCCUAAGAAAGGGGCUUACACAAAACAUGCCUGAUCUGAAUGUAUUAUUUGUAUGAUUGGUCACCUCCAGGAACUAGAUGAUGGGGAUUUGUGUUUUCUUUUCAAUGAUGUCACCAUUUAAAAAGCCAUGUGUGAUACUGUUGAGCCAGUCUCAUUGUUGGGGCUGCCAUGAAGGGUACUUGUGCCUAUGAUUUGGCCUAGACAGAGUACCAAGUCCACCACAGAGUUCCACCAAUGGUAGGGAAUCCCCCAACAAAUCACCAGGUCCCUGCACUCCCCCACAUCUUUUUUGAAACUUCUUUCUUAAUGGUGUUAACUCUCACCUAUGCUCUAUGCACAAUAUCCCCACCUAUAAAAUGGAAGUAGGGAAAAUAGUCCCCAAGAUCCCUUCUUUAAGAUUCUCUGAGUCUUGAUCUGUUUUCCUUAGAAGAAUUGCUAGUUAUAGAAGGAUCAUCGGACCAGUACAGCUGAAUGCUGGGAACUGGGGGGCGGGGGAGUGGGCUUGUUGGGAGUGUAAUGCAUGCAUGCCCAUGUAGCCAUAGGAUCGUAGCAUGUUGUAUAGCAAUACCUUGGCUUUCUGAGGGUCUUUGCUCUGAAAUGCUCCCCCAACGAGCACUUUGUGUCCAUAAGCACAUUUUAAGGCAGGUCUUAGCUUCUCCUAUUAGACUUCUCUCCUAAGGCUCCUUCAAGGGAGCCUGCCAUCAAGAGGUUGGGGGCACUAGGGAAGGUUAUUUUUUUGGAAAGGAAUGGAUUUUGGACACCUCUUCCUGCUUUCCUUUGCAUUUCACGAUGACUUCCAUCAUUUAUUGUUUUUCAAUAAAGCCUUCCAAGUUCCUUUACCUUAGUAUGUUUCCAGGCACAUCUUUCAAAAUUGAUUUAAGGUAGAGGAAAAAGAGAAGGCUUGCUCUUGGCUGCUACUUCUGUCAGAUCCUUAUAAGAUAUAAAUCAGAUUCCAAGAAGCUACAGUGGAACAAAGCGUAGGGUGGGAAAGAUUCAUUACCUGAUUGAGCCCAUGCUUCUGGAUAGUGCCAAAGGACAGGUGGGAUUUGUACAGGAUUUGAACUGGGUCUUCCUAAAGUCCCUCGAAAGCCCAUUCUAGCUCAAACUGUAUAAUCCUCUGCUGGCUGCUUGCAUGAGCUAGGCUGUACUGACUGCUGGGAAUCAGGCUUUCCUUGAGCAUGGCUAUUUAUUACUCUGCUGCUGUUCUAUACAAUAGUCUGAGAGUAGCACAGAAUUUGCUGAACUGCAGUGUCCUACCUAGCAUCCCUCUGUCUCCUGUAAUGUCACCCAGGAAUCUGUGAUUCUGCCUCUCCCUCAUUCAUCCUUAGGCAAAACACAAACCAAGAUGAUCCAAAGAGUUGCCCUUUCUUGGAAUAUACAAGGGUGCACAGAUUUCAAAUACAUUAUUUUGCAGAGAAGCAGACUGCAUCUAUGUUUUAGGAUGAGUGGAAGUGAUAACACAUUGUUGCAAAACUCAGGGACAUUUGGUUCAGUGUGAGAAGCAUCCGAUAGUACUUGAGAUGAAGUCCUUUCUGAGGGCAAGAAAGAAUAGCCUUCAGAGCUCAGGCUUUGCCCCUUUCUGCCCAGAAACCUCAGUACAGACACUAGCAGUACAAGAUUUUUAAUGUCUGACCUCGGGGUCCGUCUUUGUUCCAGCCAAUAUAGUCAACUCUUCCAGAAAGCACAACCUUAUCCAAUCUAUACAUGACAUACUUAUUCAAAAGAGGUUUUUAAAAAUAUGUAUGUUGUAGGAUGUAUCUGUAUUGUACUUACAUUGUAGGAUAAGUGUGUUGUGUGGUUGGUUGCCAAAGUGGCAUUUACCCCUAUACGUUUCUUUCAGACUUGUUUUACUGAUCAGAUGAAUGGCUUGAUCAUCUUACCAGGGAGUCAAACCCUCAUGAUGUCUUAAGCUCAAUCCAUGGCUGAUAAUGCUAAAGUGGCUAGUAGCAGGGUUUUUCUUUUUUAAAAGGAAAGGAGAUGGCUUGAGUUAAGAAAGACGUUUGGGGCUUGGGGGAAGGUAGGACUAUUUCUGCAUUCUGUGUUGACAUUGCUAAGCUUGGAAACAGUAUGCAGGCCUUUGAACCAGCUUACUCAUUUAGGUGGGUGUGUUCCAGGUCAUGAAAAACCAGAGGUUGACUGCCUUCUCUGGUUCUUAGUCAAUCAACAAACAUUUAUUUAAGGCUUACAGUGUGCCUAGAAAUGUGUUAGGUGUCAGGAAUUUUAAAAAAAAUGCGAAAACAUGGUCCCUGCCUUCAGAAAGCUUACACUGCACUUCCUCAAAUUGAAAUUCCAUAGAAGGACUUAGUCUCACAUGCCCUAGGCCCUUGGAUUGAAGGGAUCUGUUUUCAGGAUUUUUACAAGGCCAGAGCCUUGUACUGUUACUGGCUUUGAUAAUCCAUCGAUCCCAUGCUUGAUUCAGAGAAAGAACUAAGUGUGUGUAGUUGUUCAGUAUUCCAGAACAAAACUAGUCAUAAAAGGCCAGGAAGAGUAUUUUUCAAAAUCUGUAAAAAUGAGGAUAAUGCCUGCGCUGUCUCACAGGAUUGUUGUGAGGGUCAAAUAGGAGAACAGAUAUGAAAGAGCUCGGUGAACCAGAAAAACAGUAGAAGCACAGUACUUUAGUCUAGGUUUUGCAUUGGCCAUUUUUAAUUUCCUUUUAAUUUCCCCAUGCUUCUUUGUAAGAUUCAGUCAGCUCACACCAAUCACUCUUCUAUAUUUGUCUUACUUCCAACCUAAAUGAUUGUCUUGGAAAAAUCCCUUCUUCCCAGCUCAGUUCCAUGGAGCCUAGUUUGGGGUGAAGGGGCAUUUUGGAGGCUGCAGAUGCCUCUGAUUGUAUACUAACUCAUUUUCCAGGUUCAAAUUUCCCUGAGUCCCAAGGCUGACUUUGACUUCCAGCAAUACGAAUAAUAAAUCAGAGCCUACCCUCUGCUACCUGGAGUGACUGGGAUUCGAGUGUGCUUGUUAAUUAAAUACAUACUCAGGUUCAUGGAAAGUCACCUAUGGAUGACUGAUUUUCAGAGUAUGAGAAUAAGAAGUCACUAAAACCACAUUGAAUGCUAUUGAAUUUUUGACUUGAGAUCUGGGGUCAUUCAGUGCUGUUAUUUUGAGUCCCAUUGUGGACAGGUGAAAAUAUAAUGUAAUAUGGGUUAAUAGAAUGCCAGCACAGCCUGUCUUCUCCCUGAUCAAGCAUUGACAACUUGCCCAAAGCCACACAGUUAUAUCACCUACCAAGUCAAGAUAGCACUGUCUAAAGAAGUAUUUGUGAUUUCCUGGACAUUCAUGCAAUGCAAGAGUAUAAAAUGUCAUGAAAUAGGUGAAUUGUUGAGCAGUUCUGGUUUUCCCCUUUAUUUAUGACUUGAUGAAACAAUGCCGGACACCGUCUCCCGCCCAGCCUUAAUAGAUGUCUAAUCACAUCUCUGCCUAAUCAAGGAAGAAGUCGCUAACUCCCUUGCAUAUCCCACUUCCUCUGACCUUUGAUUGCAGUUUGAAUUAUCUCUAUGACAACUUCUAAGUGCUGUUUCGCAAAGUUAACAGGAACCCGGUAUGAAUAUCUUAACACAGUAAUGAGAAGAAAAUAUUCUGCCUGUCCCAGAUAGAAGAAUGUACAAUGGUAAUACAACUGAACUGGUCUCCUCUGAAGGCAAGAGAGAUCUAUUGAAUCAGGUUGGCUGUUGGGGAGGGACCAGUUCAAAGGACCUGGGCUUGGAUGUAGGCUCUACUGUUUCCUAGCUGUCUCCCGUCCCAUCUCUGACGCUCACUAUCCGUCUGACCUUGACCCAGUGAUUUCUCUCUCUCUGGGCAUCUGUUUCUUCCACAAAAUGAAGGGGUUGGACUGGAUCAGGGCUUCUUAACCUUAGGCAUCUGGUGAAGCCUAUGGACCCCAUUUUGGAGUAAUGUUCUUUAAAUGCACAAAAUGAAAUAUAGAAGGCUGCAAAGGAAACAGAUAUAUUUCAGUAUAACAUGUAAAGAACACACAGUGAGCUCUAGGAAUCCCUUAAAUGAGUUCUAAGGUCUCUUCCAUCUUCUGAGAUGAAUAAAAGAUGAAAAGGAAUACUGCCUGGCAUUCAUUUUACCAGAUCCCUUAUGCAAUGAGAGUAAUUGAAAGGUUUUGAAAUGCUAGCAGCGGGAGCUGUUUUUCAUGUGUCCCUUGAAAAAGGUUCCCAGCAUUCUUGUGUGAUGGGUUAUACUUACUUCACUACCAGUGUUGUCAUUGUGAUUUCUAUUUGAGGUGUCUGGUGACUUGUGUUCUCUGUGCUUUUCUCCCUUACUUUUUGCUUGAGUCACUCUUGAGUUUGUCUUUGCUCAACUGAAACCUUGUUAUCGCCAUAUCCAAACAUUGCCUCUCCAAGUCCGGCCGCCAUCGAUCGAGGAAUGAUGUGUAUAUUGCUGUUGACCCAGUCUGCGUGUCCUGAUGGGUGAUGGGUUGGGUUUUUUUUUUUUAAUUUUGUUUUGUUUUGUUUUGUUUUUGGGUGGGAGGAGGAGGGGCAAACAGACGGUUUCAAGGACAGCUGCAAAGUGGUGUUGGAAUCCAAGCUGUUGUGAAGGGGAAAAAAAAUUGUAUUGCACCUUGGACUGUCAAAGGGAGGGAACAGAAAUAAAUUAUCUUUUAA